GCCUCAGAAAACCAUUUUCUUUUUUCUUUAUAUUAUUAUUAUUUAAAAAAAAAAAAUCAGAGAAAUUUGGAGAGAGAAAUAUAAAAAAGUGAAAAGAGACUAUGGAACGUAUGGGUGGCUUCCAUCGCUAUCGCAAGCAUGCAAAAUCAAGCUCCACUGUAUUGGAAGUAGUGCAGACCAACAACACCACCACCGAUGACACAACCAAAACCGCCACCGGUGCAGGUGACGGUGCCGGCAACUCCACCACCAACACAACCAACAACCCACAAGAACCAGAACGAGCCCUAGUGUGCAUGGUCCGAGAACAAGACCAGUACAUGCCAAUAGCCAACGUCAUACGCAUCAUGCGCCGCAUACUUCCCUCCCAUGCAAAAAUCUCCGACGACGCCAAGGAAACCAUCCAGGAAUGCGUCUCCGAGUACAUUAGCUUCGUCACCGGCGAAGCCAACGAGCGGUGCCAGCGCGAGCAGCGCAAGACCGUCACCGCCGAAGACAUCCUCUGGGCAAUGGGGAAGCUCGGCUUCGACGACUACGUGCAGCCGCUCACUCUCUUCCUCAGCCGCUACCGUGACUCCGAGAGCGACCGUACAAGUGUUCGUGUUGAGCCUCCCGCCGCUACUUUUGUGAGGCGCGGUGCUGCUGCUGCUGAAUAUGGGCCUGUUCAAGUUGGGGUCCAUGGGCCUUAUGUUCCGGGUUUUCAUGUGGGUCAUUACCCGAAUGUGUUUGAUGCUCCGGCUUCUGCAAUGGGUGGGUAUUAUAGGGAUGAGUCGGGUGGUGCUGGAACUGGAUCUUCUUCUCAGAAUGCUAUGGCUAAUUUUGACCCUUUUGCUCACUUUAAGUGAUUUGUUAAAAUGAGGGUAAAAAUAAUACAUUAACAAAAUGGACAAUGACAUAACUUUUACAGACCAUAGUUAAGACAGUGUUGGGUUGCUGUUUUUUUGUGCAUGCAAAGGCUAUUAUGAGGUUGAGUUAACAAAACAAACCAGCAAUUAUCUUAAAUUUUUUUUUUCUUUUUAAACUUUUUUCUCUGGCCUUUGUUGCUUUUUCAUGUUGUUAAGCUUUUUUGCCUUUAGAAACAGUCAUGAGGAAUUCUGUAAGCCAAAAUGGAUGAACUAAUCAAUGUUCAGUUGUCCUUUUGUAUUUCAUAUAACUAGUAAUUUCUUCCAA